AUGAAGCGUUCCGGGAGUGUGUACAACUAUAUACUUACUAAGUAUGAGGAAACAAGUUAUAAGAAGAUGAGCACGCAGAGCGUUAAGAUCUAUUUGGUUUCUAAAUUCUUGGUCGUUGCCGUUGCCUUCCUGGCCUUCGCCAGUGCCGAUGUCUCCCACUUGGGAUCGGGCUACAACUAUCAAGCGCCAGCGCCCGCACCGGUCUACCAGCCAGCGCCCGCUCCGGUUUACCAGCCAGCGCCCGCUCCGGCACCCGCCCCUGUGAACACCUAUGUGCCACCUGCAUCCGCUCCCGCUCCCGUCCGCUAUGAGGCUCCUGCACCAGUCUACCAGCCCGCCCCUGCUCCAGUGCACAUUGAGGCCCCCGCACCAGCCCCAGUCCACUACGAGGCACCCGCACCCGCUCCAGUCAACACCUACAUUCCACCUGCACCAGUGUCGAUCCCAGCUCCGGCGCCAGUCUACCAGCCCGCACCAGCUCCAGUCCAGUACUCUGCACCCGCACCAGCUCCAGUCCAGUACUCUGCACCCGCACCCGCUCCAGUUCAGUACUCUGCUCCCGCACCCGCUCCAGUUUUCCAGUCCGCACCCGCGCCCGCCUACCAGUCGCAGCAGUCGCUCGAGGAGAUCGAGCAGCCCUCUGCCGAUGGCUACCGCUACAAGACCGUGCGUCGUCGCGUCUACCGUCGCAACCGCCUCUCGGCUUGUCAGAGAUAUACUAGCUACCUAAACGUUCCAAGUAACACGCUCAAAAUGAAGCUUCUUGUUGUCGCCUUCGCCGUUUUGGCCGUUGCCCACGCCGAUGUGUCCCACCUGUCGGGCUAUAACUACGCCCCAGUGGCACCAGCCCCAGCUCCUGUGGCGCCAGCUCCUCUGCCCAUUAAGGCUGCCCCUGCACCACUGCCUGUGAACACCUACAUUCCACCGGCCGUUGAUGUGCCCGCACCAGCUCCCAUUCAGGUUGAGGCGCCCGCUCCAGCACCAGCUCCAAUCCGUAUUGAGGCUCCAGCUCCAGCUCCCAUCAGGGCUGCUCCUGCACCAGCCCCUGUCAACCAGUACAUCCCACCAGCGGCACCAGCUCCCGCUCCAGCUCCCAUCCGGGUUGCUCCUGCUCCAGCCCCAGUCAACCAAUACAUCCCACCAGCUGCUCCCGCUCCAGCUCCAAUCAGGUCUGCUCCCGCCCCAGUUCUGGCUCCCCAGCCCGUUCUGGAGGAAAUCGAGCCCAUCUCUGCUGAUGGUUACCGCUACAAGACCGUGCGCCGUGUGAUCCGUCGCCGUCGUUAA